AACCUCACUUUUCUCUCUCGCAAACACUUCUGCCUGUCUAUAUUUCUGGAUGAAGUUAUUCGUCCGAUAGCCGCAUUCGUCGGGGAUAUUUCUCGGGGGACUUUGGCAAAAUUCGUGAAUGAAAAGCUUGUGUAAUCGGGGGAUAAAAGAGCUUAACCCAUUUCGUCAUUCAGAUGCUAAAGUUCGUCUGUCUGUGCAGUCCCCGUGACAGGCUGUUGUUUGGGGCUGCACUCUCCUCCAAGGGCGCUAGACAGGAUCUUUCUCGCCAUUACAUGCAGCAGAGAGCCCUAAAGUCUCUCUCGAAAGCCAAAACUCUGGGCGUAAUCCCACCCCUCGUCUCCCUCGGCCAAGGGGCUCGAGCCGUUCACAAAGCCUCAGAAAGUCACCCUCGUUUAUUUAGCAAUGCAGAAAGAGGUGGUGAAGUUAGAGUUGUUGUGCAAGCAACUCCACGAGGCUAGUGAUGGAGUACGCCGGCAAGAGGCAGAAAAGGCUCUUGUGGAGUUUCAGUCCGGUCAGGGCGCUGCUACUCUUACUCAGUGCCAGAUGCUCCUUGACCGGGCACAGUCUUCGUACUCACAGUAUUUAGCAGCUACUACAUUGACCAAGCUUGUAUCAAGGAACCCUUGUACACUUUCGCUCCAGCAGCGUAUAGAUAUACGCAACUAUGUGUUGAAUUACUUGGCCACACGCCCCAAGUUGGUUCACUAUGUAACUCAAGGACUUGUGGUAUUGUUUGGACGCAUCACCAAACUUGGAUGGUUUGAUGGACUGGACAAAGAAGAAUGGGCCUUUAGAAAUGUUGUGGGAGAUGUUUCUCAGUUUUUACAGGGCUCAGUAGACCACUGUGUCAUCGGGGUGCAGCUUUUAGCCCAGCUAACUGCUGAAAUGAACCAAAUAUCAGAGUCUGAUGCCAACAAGUCUUUGACCAAGCAUCGUAAAAUUGCGAGUUCUUUUAGGGACUCUCAACUGUAUGAUAUCUUCCAGCUUUCUUGUACACUGCUUAGAACUGCGCUUGAAAAUUCAAAGACACUUAAUUUUAAUGAUGAGAGUCAGCAUGGGCUCAUGACUCAUCUUCUUCGCUUAGCUCUCAACUGCCUCACUUUUGAUUUUAUUGGCACCUCAGUGGAUGAAAGUAGUGAUGAUUUGGGCACGGUUCAGAUACCCACAUCGUGGAGACCUGCAUUCCUUGACUUUUCUACUGUUCAACUUUUCUUUGAUCUUUAUGCUUCCUUACCAGCUUCACUAUCACCAGUGGCAUUAUCUUGUUUGGUCCAGAUAGCCUCUGUGAGGCGUACUUUAUUUAGCAAUGAAGAACGAGCAAAGUUUCUAUCACAGCUAGUCAAUGGAGUUAGAAAUAUACUUCAGAAUCCACAAGGCUUGAGUGACCCCUCCAACUACCAUGAAUUUUGUCGGUUGCUGCUAAGGUUGAAAAGCAAUUACCAGCUAGGGGAGCUGGUGACUGUUGAACAUUAUCCAGAUGCCAUCCAGCUGAUUGCAAAGUUUACUGUGGAGUCCCUCAAUAUGUGGCAGUUUGCUCCCAAUAGUGUGCACUACCUUCUUUCCCUUUGGCAGCGAAUGGUGGGAUCUGUGCCAUAUAUGAAGGCAACUGAACCUCAUCUGUUGGAGACCUAUACACCAGAAGUUGUACGAGCAUAUGUGUCAUCACGGUUAGAGAGUGUGAGUGUGGUGCUUCGUGAAGGACUGGAUGAUCCCCUUGAUGAUGUCACUGUCAUCCAGCAACAACUGGAUCAGCUCUCAACAAUUGGUCGAUGUGAGUAUGCAAAGACUUGUGCACUUCUGGUACAGUUGUUUGAGCAGACUGCACAGCGAUAUCAAGAACAUAUAUCUGCACGAAUGAAUAACCGCUCUCAGCAGCACUCCAUGGAAGAAAUGGCAAUCUUAGAAGGACAACUGACAUGGUUGGUAUACAUGAUUGGAUCAGCAAUAGGUGGUCGUGUAUCUUUCAACACUAGUGAUGAUCAUGAUGCAAUGGAUGGAGAAUUAGUUUGCAGAGUCCUACAACUAAUGAACCUGACUGACUCGUGUCUGCCCCAAGGAGGAUGUGAACGCCUUGAGUUAGCCACAAUCUCUUUUUUUGAGCAGUUCCGCAAGAUUUAUGUUGGUGAUCAGGUUCACAAAACUUCUAAGUUUUAUCGCCGCCUAUCAGAGAUACUUGGGCUGAAUGAUGAAUCUAUGGUGUUGGCUGUUUUUGUGAGAAAAAUCAUCACUAACUUGAAGUACUGGGGCCACUGUGAGCAGAUUUUGACUCGAACCCUAACGCUUUUGUCAGACCUUUCCAUCAGUUACAAUAGUGUGCGUAAACUAGUGAAACUUGAGGAGGUUCAGUUCAUGCUCAACAAUCACACGAGAGAAUUCAGAGUGCUUAAAGAGUCUGGUCCUCAAAAUAGUGAACACUUCCCAUUCUUGGGGGUGGGUGUGUCUGUGCAGGAGAUGAGAAGUCGGACGUUGUUUUACACAUCACUUGGGAGGCUGUUGAUGGUCGAACUAGGUGAAGAUGAAGAGAAGUUUACACAGUUUAUGGUGCCCAUUACUAGUGCAUUUGAUAGUGUUGGAAGGCUACUGGCUCAAGCAGAGACCCCAGUGUUCCAAGCAGAAGAAGCCAAGAAGGGAUUAAUAGGCCUUGCAAGGGAUUUAAGAGGCCUAGCUUAUGCAUUCAACACAAAGACAUCAUAUAUGAUGUUAUUUGACUGGAUUUACCCUACAUAUACUGGUGUUUUGGUUAGGGGUGUUGAAAUUUGGAGCCACGAUCCCCAGAUUACCACCCCAGUGCUCAAACUCUUUGCUGAGUUGGUGCAGAACAGAUCUCAGAGACUUCAGUUUGAUGUUUCCUCACCUAAUGGUAUCCUGCUCUUCCGUGAGGCUAGCAAAGUCAUUUGUACAUAUGGUUCAAGAAUCCUAGCCCAGGGAGACAACAUUCCAAAGGAUCAGAUGUAUCCCAUGAGGCUGAAGGGUAUAAGCAUCUGCUUCUCAAUGCUCAAGGCAGCACUGUGUGGAAACUAUGUCAACUUUGGGGUAUUUCGUCUUUAUGGUGAUGAUGCCUUGGAUUCAGCCCUACACACCUUUGUGAAGUUACUACUCUCAAUACCACAGUCUGAUCUCCUGGUUUACCCAAAGCUGUCCCAGACAUAUUAUGUGCUACUGGAAUGUCUUGCUCAGGACCACAUGAAUUUCUUAUCAACCUUAGAACCCAAUGUUUUUCUCUAUAUCCUCUCUUCCAUCUCUGAAGGACUGUCAGCUAUAGAUCCUGUUUAUGAUACAAUGGUUUGCAGUGGUUGCUGUGCAACAUUGGACCAUGUGGUCACAUACCUGUACAAACUUUUGCAUCAGAAAAGCAAAAAAGGUACAGUGGACCUGGAGUCAGAUGCCCUUGUAAGGGUUAUGAAACACCAACCAUCCAUCCUGCAGCAAAUGCUAGCCACUGUCCUUAACAUCAUCAUGUUUGAGGAUUGUAGGAAUCAGUGGAGCAUGUCCCGUCCACUGUUACCACUCAUUUUAUUAAAUAAUGAGUAUUUUGGACAACUGAGGCAGCAAAUUAUCAGUCAACAAGCACCAGACAAGCAAGGAGCAAUGGCCCAGUGGUUUGAUAGUCUGAUGGAGGGCAUUGAGCCAAACCUCCUUACUAAGAACAGAGACAAAUUUACUCAGAAUUUGUCUGUGUUCCGCCGUGAUAUCAAUGACUCACUCAAGGGACCAGUGACUAGCAGUAGUGGCAGUAGUGGAAGUGAAAUGAUGACAUCGUGACGGCAACACUUUCACCAGAACGGUCUCCAUUACAAUCCUCACCAUAAUACCAGCCACCCCCAACAUCGUCGCCGCUGCUAUUCCCUCUCCACUACAACCACAAUAACAGAAUCUGCCAUAGCGAACACGACCAUAAAUGUUGUGGCAGAUACCAACAGCAACCAUUGUGCUCAUAUGUGGUUGACCUGAAUAUGGCCACGUGUAUUAAAAAAGUCAUUUUGACUUUCCCAAGUUUUGAAUCAUAUUUUGUAAUUCGUAAAUUUUGCAAGGAGAAAAAAAAAAAUAUAAAGGGUUACUUUUUUGUACAGUAAUGACAAAUGGGACCUGACUGAACUAAUGUAGCAUUUUGUGUUGUUUUCAAUGAAUUAGAUUCUUAAGUCUCACCAAAGGAAACUUGUAAUGUCUGUCCAUGGUAGAAACAGUGUGGUCAUGUCCAUGUGCAUCCUUACCUGAGCAAAUGUACUGCUGUGCCUCCUUCAUCCAGUGACUGACAGGAUUCUUUUUAAUAGUAUGGGAAAUGUAUGUCUCCUCUUAAUAUAGAGGGCAGAGAGUAAUAAAUUUUGAACUUGUGGAAAUUUUUAUAUCAUUAUUUAAGUUGCCCAUAAAUUUUAGUAAUAAUUAACAUUUGCGUAACUUAGUUGGGAGCACAGCAAUGUGUGUAGUUGUCAUGAUAGUGCAAAAAUACAUGGAGAGAAUAAAGAUUAAAAUGAUUUUAGCAUCUAGGAGGGGGUAAAGACCAUGAAAAUCACCAGUUUAAGAAUAACUUGAUCAUUUUUAACAUUGAAAUACUUUCCUUUUCAAAAAUACUUAGUAAUAAAUGUUACACUGUUGUAACAAUUUUAUAGAAUAUAUUUCCUUCAAGUAUAAUUGGCAGUUGCUUCUUUUUGAGGAUAGGUAAAUAAAUGAAAAAGUAAUAAGUAAGUAAGUAGUGUGUGACACGAUUAUUGUCAAUAUAUUAUAUGGCAUGAGAUGUGGAAUUUUAUUCCUCUAUGUAUUGUUGACAGAUAUUUGUCUGUCUAUGACAGAUUAGCAGUUCUUGCUUCAUUGAAAAGAUUCAGAGUUGGUAUUUUUAACCAAUUUCCAUCAUUAUGCAAUGUCAUUAGCUAUAUGUUUAUGUUAUUUUAUAUCUGCCACCAGGAAAAAGUACGCAAUAUUUUCAUCUGUAAAGUUAAUUUCAUGUAUAUAUUCUACAGAAAUAGUGCAAGAUUUCUUUUUCCUGAUUUAAAGUUGCAAACGAAAGUCAUAUAAUGUAUACCUCAGUCACUUACUCUCCUGGCCAGAUAUGCAAGAUUUGUCUAGUAACACAAAAAUGAGAGAGGCUUGUACAUUGCCAGUUUCACUUUCAGUUUUGAGCCUCUUAUGCGCAAGGAGAGCAGCUGUAAGUACCUACCAGCCAGUGUAGUAAACCCUUACCACUUAUAAACUAAAGGAGACUUGUACAAUGUUUCUGUGAUGGAAUGACAUAUUGUUUAAAUAAAAGGACAAAGUA